CCACUUUCGACGUAAAGGGGAUCGUUUACUAGUAUAUACCUCACUUCAUACAAUGUCUCAAUCCUCGUCAAAUUUGGUUUUCUCAGACCUGCCUCUCACCCACCCGGCUCUCUUGGAAAUCUUAGAGACGACAUCUUUGCGUCAAACGAAAGCCAACGUGAAAUUCUUACAACGUUGCACUACUGUUUUACGAUCUGACAAUACGGUCCGAGGGGGAACUUCCGAGGUUGAUGCGGUUCUUGGAAUCUUACUCAGGGUGGUUAGGAGGGAUAAAGAAGGUUGGGCGGUUAGUACGUGGGGAAAAGUUUGGUUAGGAAUAACUAUAGAUUUGAUCAAUGCUUCUCCAUCAACUCUUACGGACUCAGCUAUCCGAUUACUCGAAACGAUCAUCACCGUCUCACCUCAAUGGCCAUCGUUUGAAAGAGAAUCAGUCCUUCCUCUUAUGGGAAAGAUAAGUGUGACUUUGGUUGGAGUUUUACAGCAAAUAGGGAACGAUUGGUCUACACUGCAAGAUGUCCCUCUUCCAGUUCGUAUGACUGCUUCCGACCUCUUGGCCUCUCUUCAUUUAUGUGGAGGAAAGACUCAAGCUGCACAGGCUUGGGCGGGGGAAAUGAAAGGUGCUUUAGGGGGUAUGAAUGAUUCUCUCAGUGCUAUAAUGAGGGAUGCUUGGGAAACUCCUACAACGCUCGAAACAUCUUCUUUAGCCACUCUCCCUGUAGACCCGACGGAGAGGCUACCCACAGCUCUCUCAAUCCUCGAGGGAAGCACAGAGAUUAUUCUGGCCCUUCUAAGAUUCGUCACUGUCCGACCUGUACCCGUGCCAAUCGGCGCUAUAGUAGAGGCGUCGUUGAGGUGUAUGAACAUCACAUAUGACACUCCUAUGGUCUCUUAUAUCAGUCCUCAUCAUCAUGCUUCAAUACUUGUUAUUUUGCCCAGAAUAUGGACAGUUGGAUCUCUUCUUCUUGGGGCUAUGGCCAUGGCAUGCGGAGAUCAUCUUCUUCCUCACUUGAGUUCAAUCCUAGAACACAGCGUUUAUCUACUAGAGUCUGUACCCGUAUCUCAAAUCGAGGUCAGAGUACGACUACUUCGUCUACAUCAACUCCUCUUGGACGUAUAUCCCGCCACUAUCUGGCCUGUGGAGUAUACUACCCGUCUUACCAAAUUUGUCCUGUCGUGUCUUUCUCCCAUUUUGGACAAACCAUCCGAAUCGUCCCAUGGACCGAAACAAGACCUGAUUUCGAGUGGGAAGAGAGGAAAGAAAAGAGUUAGAAAUGACGAAGAUGGGCUUAUCUCUGGGUUGGAGGGUAGAGAUGGGAGAGGAGUGUCGGAUGAGGAAAUGGGGGUCAUGUUGGAAGUAAUGAAUCUCUUACCUUCUCUCCUCACCGCUCCACUACUCCCAACUGCCUUACUCACAUUCUCCAUCCGUCUACUACUCUCCCUCUCCCUUCUCCUUCCCACCCUAACUAAGCCUUCUCCACAAAGCAUUGUCUCCCUCCAAACUGCUACACAAGGAGUGUUAAACCAUCUAGCCUUAUCUACGGAAGGCGAGGGAGGUACAUCGAGAAGUUGGAAGACCGUACUUCUUUCUCUCCUCCCAAUUUCCCCAGCCACAUAUCUCAGCUCACAAUCUCUCGCCUCUGAUUCCUCGUUGUGUUUCGUCCUCCAAUCGUCUCAAGUGUCCAGAGGUCUAGGGACGAUGUUACAUCCUGUCUUACCACCUCUCAUGCGACCCGGACCGCCGUUAAGCGCUUUGCACCUGUUUGGAAAGGAAACGGAAGAAGAGGCGGAUGUGAGAAAGGAGGUAGGGUUUGGUGCUCCUCUUCCAUCGCACGUGGAGGACGAAAUGGAUGAAAUUGUACCGAGAACAGAAAUUGUUUCGAGGAUAGACAGGGUGGCAGGAGCGGAUGAGAGGACCGAGGGAGAUGCAGGGGAGGCGACGCCGGCUGAAAGUGUGAUGGUAGAGUCUGAAAUCUCGUCCGCUGUAAUUGAAGUGGUCAAACAUGUCUCAGGCUCGGACAUUCUUCCAGAGCCAGAUCGAGUCGAAUCUACGAUAAAGGAAAUCCGAAAGUGGGGAUGA